AUGGCGGCCGUUGAUGGCCAGCCUUCCAUGGCUGGUCCUCCUCGGUCGUACACUGAUCUAUUCUCAACCGCUCCCCAACCACUGCCAGAGGUGGUUGUUCCGUUCAGGCAACCGAAAUACAUGGAAGGUGAAGAAGUUUUCUUCUCCUUCUCUUCUGAGGAAAUUCUCAAAACUUCGGAACCUUUUAGAUUCUCCAUGGUUGUAAAAUUCUUACGACAGAGACCCUCUCUCGAUUGCAUCUGUGCCUUCAUCCGAAGCCGCUGGGGUCUGUCAUCGAUGCCCGUAGUUUCGGCCAUGCAACGCCCUAGAAAUAUAUUCAUUCGCAUGACCAACGAAACUGACCUUCAUAAGGCCUUGUCAAGGGAGUCGUGCAAUAUAGAAGGUGUUCCAUACCGUCCUUUUGCUUGGUCUCCUGAGUUUGAUGAAGAUCUGGAACCGCCGUUUGUUCCUGCUUGGGUGUUCUUACCUGGCCUUCCUCCCAACUUUUACCAUUCUUCUGUACUCGAGAUGCUUACGGCACCGAUAGGGAGAUAUAUCCGUCGCGAUAAUCCUACGACGUGUGCCACUCGCACAGAUGGGGCUCGGGUUUGCUUAGAGAUUGAUGCCUCAAAGGAGCAAAUCUCACAUUUUUGGAUUGGUAUUCCUGGGAUGCCAAGAAGCCGUAGGCAGGAGAUCAUAUACGAGACUUUGCCGGCUUACUGCUUGAAGUGUCGCUGCCAAGGCCAUAAUCAAAAGACCUGUCGGUAUGGAAGAGACCAGAAACCAAAGGAAAAAGGAGGCUGUUCCUGUCUUGGUUGGUGA